AUGGGCGAGGAAGGAGCUGCUCCACCGGCAGCACCUCCAGCUCAAACUCAGGUUGUCAUUGACCGCCAUCCUGUGAGGUUCUCCGUGCAUGCACGUCCUCACGUCGACUACUUCCUUUCUGUUGUCAGUCAAUGGUUCGAUUUGGUAGUUUUUACUGCUAGUAUGGAAGUGUAUGGAACACAUGUUGCUGAUAAGCUAGAUAAUGGACGAGGGAUUCUAAACAGGAGGUACUUUCGCCAGCACUGCACAAUGGAUUAUGGAGGAUACACGAAAGAUCUUAGCGCCAUUCACCAAGAUCUUUCAUCCAUUUUCAUUUUGGACAAUUCACCAGGAGCCUAUAGAAAGUUUCCUCUCGAAACCAGCAGAGUUUCAAUCAAGUAUGGUGAUGCCGCCACCGUCACUUUGUCGUCUCACUUGCACUCCUCGAUGCGCAAAAGCGAUCAGCAUCAGCAGAACUCUCGAUACUUCUUUCGAAACGAUGUCGCGGCCUUCGUCGUAGUGUUACGUGAAGAUCGUGCACGAAGCACUGAACUCCAAGGAUUUGUUCGGUUUAGAUAUGCAACUCCAUAA